AUGGCGACGUAUCCACCGCGGAGGCUGCUGGGAGCAAGACCUUUACCCUCUGACCCUCGCCGUGACCCCCGUCGCUCCGGCUUCCCUCAAGGCGGCGGCGGAAGGUGGGAGCGGCGAUUGCCGAGCGGACAGGGUUGGGGGUGGGCAGGCAGCUUUUGGCUUGCUUGCAAGAUGGGUGGGGACAGGCACUUCACUCCCCCACCUCCGUCUCCGCGGCUCCACGUGUCUCUUACGGACUUAAAAGGAAGCUCGGUGCUCCGCCGCCGUUACAGCGAACGGGGCCUCUGCAGCCGGUUCCAUUUCACUGGGGCCAGUUGCUUCGCACAGGGUCGGGCCCUGGGUCCGGGGUGGGGGCUGGGGGGCCCGCGGGGUCUAGGAGCGAGGAUUGGUGAGGUGGCGUCGGUCUGCUCUCACCGGGACGCUGAGCGUCCCCCGCAGACUCCAGUGCUUGUGUGCGCACUUCCAGGGACCGGCAGCACGUCACCUUCACCUCCUGAGAACCUUUACGCAACGCAGUGUAAUCCUUCUAAACACACGGAAAAGGGUACACAGCAUGGCAGAAAACCGAAAGCCUCGCAGGGCCUUAGGAAACGGCUUCCCCACCGCCUGCCCCGGAGGCCCAAUAACAUUUGUGUCAACAUGAAGACUGACUUUAAGGACCAACAGGCCCGCUAUCAGAAGCUGCUAGACAAGGCGCGGGGUCAGAACGCAUGCACUGAGAUCUACAUUCAUGGCUUGGGCCUGGCCAUCAACCGCGCCAUCAACAUUGCCCUGCAGCUGCAGGCGGGCAGCUUCGGGUCCUUGCAGGUGGCUGCCAAUACCUCCACUGUGGAGCUUGAUGAGCUGGAACCAGAGACUGAUACACGGGAGCCGUUGACCCGAAUCUGUAACAACUCAGCCAUCCACAUCCGCGUCUUCAGGGUUACCCCCAAGUAA